UUAUCAUACAGGACAUUAGAGAGUUAACUUUUUCUGGUUUAUAAUAUGUCAAUGUAUACGAUCGUUAGUCUAUCAAAUGAGGCCACCUAGAAAUUUCACACAUGGUCGAAAUAUAUGAUCCAAAUAGCUACUUAAUUCAAAUAGCUUUUUAUGUAAAGGCUGCUGCCCUCUGUUUUCGAAUGAUAGCACGCGUAGCGAUUGUGUCGGAAAGUCAGUCACUGGGGCUAGUGCUUGAUUACCCCACGCCUACUUGCGAUCAUUGCUAGAACCCCGUUGGGCAUGCUCCCAAUGCACUUCCGCAACCACCUACGUCUCGCCCCGGACCGGAAAAAUGUUGACCUCCUCUCCUAUGCUUGAUACGCUCUCACAUAUGACUGAUCACAUUUUCCAUUGGAUUAAGUAAUAAAAGCCUAAAACACACGUUGCUAGAUGACAUAGUGACUUGUUGUACACGAACACAUUGUUCCCAUCUGGGCCCCAUUUUCGUACCUGGAGCAGCGUUUUUCCUCUGAUUUAGCUGCAUUGCAUCUAUUCACAAUUGCGCUAACGAAAUGUAGAUGUAAGUUACGGCCCACAUCAUUCUAACGAGUUCACAUCUAGUCACGAAAGCGCAAAAAUUAUUAACAUUCACGUCGUUCUUGUCAAAUAAAUGAGACUGAAAAAUCAUCUAUGGUUUUCCAUAAACGGAGAAAAAACAAGAUCGGAUAGUUGGACGGUGCGCAAGCAAUAGUUCCAAUGUUGUGGCGACGAGUAACUGUAUCGUACUUCUUACCGAGAAGCUUUUCUCUCUCUGGACGCUGCUGUGACGGCCAGCGCAAUUCAUUCAUUCAGGCAGAAAGAGUAGAAAGGUGCGUGUAUGAAUUCAACUAUUUAUGGCGGUCGGUCGACCCUGGCAAACGCUAAACGUGCAAAACGCACUGAACAGAAAUCGCUUAACGUACUUGAGAUCUUAAAGAAGAACUACGGAAUUGUUCUGCCGAAGCCCUGCGAAGAACGAAUCAUAAAAGCUUCUCUUCUCCACGAGAGUAAAAUACAGGGUACUCUUGGCAUAUUAGAAGAACUCCCAACUCGUUCGCGGGCAGGGGGUGACGUCACCUCAUUGAUUAUGGACAGCGAUAUGGUCGACCAAUUGCACCACCUCACGAGGUACCGGCGUGAAUUUUUGCCCCUCGAUGGCAUAUCGGACAUUCAUAAUCGCGUCUCUCAGUGGACCGAAGCUGAACUUGAACGAGGCUCGGAGCUAAUGGGCAGCAUACAAAAGAAAGCUGCUAGCAUUAUAGAAAUUCUGCGAUUGAUUGGCGAUUUUGGUGUAUCUCUAGAUCUAAUUAGACAAGGUGACAACGAUAUGUAAAGUACUUUCAUAUUUAGAAAGAUCGAUGUCAUAUCUUGCACAUGCUGAAAAACAACCAAAACAAAUAUUCAACUAAUAACCUGAAAGAACUAGUUCGAUGACUUUCCCUGACGUAUUCGAGCUCGGUAUAAAAACAGACCGAAAUAAAACAUCGAUUGC